ACACUCUGAAAUAUUUGUGAGAAGUAAACUUUUUUCUUUUAGAUUUCCCGUACGGUUUUAUAAUACUUAAAGUUUAAUUAGCUGAUAAGUUGGUUUAAAAAUCAUGGCGAAAGGAUUUCAUGUAGUGGUGGUGAGAGAUUAUGAUCCAAACAGAGACUUAACGAGAGUGGAAGAGCUUGAGAAAAGCUGUGAAGUCGGGUCUUUAUUAGUGGAUCUCAUGGGUGACCCGCUUGCCCGGAUCCGACAGUCUCCUUCUUUCCACAUGCUGGUGGCAGAGAUCGGUAAUGAGAUAGUUGGAAUGAUCAGAGGAACGAUCAAGAUGGUGACACGUGCUGGAAAUGCAUUACUUGAUCAACGUUGUAAAGACGCCGGCGUUUUGCCGGAAGUUAGCACCACCAAACUCGCCUUCGUCUCCGGCCUACGAGUCUCUCCGUUUUACAGGAGGAUGGGAAUUGGACUGAAAUUGGUGCAAAGACUAGAAGAGUGGUUUCGACUAAACGACGCUGUUUACGCGUACGUGCAAACCGAAAGCGACAACGCAGCUUCGGUCAAACUCUUCACCGAGAAAAGCGGUUACUCCAAAUACCGAACACCUACUUUCCUGGUCAACCCGGUCUUUAACCACCGAGUCACAGUCUCACGCCGAGUCAAAAUCAUCAAACUCGAUUCCUCCGAUGCCGAGUCACUCUACCGCAACCGAUUCUCCUCCACCGAGUUUUUCCCUUCGGACAUCAACUCGAUCCUCACCAACAAACUUUCCCUCGGCACUUUCCUCGCUUUGCCACGUGGGAGUGACUACGUGUCCGGAUCUUUACCCGACCCCACCAAAUCAUGGGCAGUUAUAAGUAUCUGGAACAGUAAAGACGUUUACAGGCUUCAGGUCCAAGGAACUUCGCGUCUCAAACGCACGUUAGCGAAAACAACGCGUGUCUUCGACAGUGCGUUUCCGUUUUUAAAGAUCCCGUCGUUUCCUAAUCUUUUCAAACCGUUCGCAAUGCAUUUUUUGUAUGGUAUCGGUGGAGAAGGCCCACGUGCGGCGGAGAUGGUGGAAGCCCUUUGCUCACACGCUCAUAAUAUAGCUAGAAAAAGCGGUUGCACCGUCGUGGCGGCUGAGGUGGCGAGCUGUGAGCCACUCAGAAUUGGUAUCCCUCAUUGGAAGGUCCUCUCGCCGGAGGAUUUGUGGUGCUUGAAACGUCUCCAAGAUGAUGACAAUGUAGAUUGGACUAAAUCAACUCCUGGAUUGUCUGUUUUCGUUGAUCCUAGAGAAAUAUAAUCAUUUACUUUGUAUAUAACACAUCUUAGGGGAGUCUAACCACCAAACAAAAAAACAAAAAUUACAAAACCCAAUACUAAAUCUCAGUGUUAUUAUACCUAUGCUUUUUUGUUUUGUUUUAUCUGUAAUUUCAUACUGAAUAAAUUGUAUUUAAACUGGAUUACAAGCAUAUAUAUAAGCAUGUAUAACAUAUAUACAUGCCAAUGUUUCU